AUGAGUCUUCUGCACCCAAAAGUACUCCAGGCAAGAAGAGCCCGUUCUAGAAGUCUGGUGAUGGGGGAAAACAGAGUCCCAAGUCCAGGUCAAUCUCCUACCUUUGGGCAGGAACAAGCAGUGAAGUCUGGAUGGUUGAAGAAACAGAGGAGCAUCAUGAAGAAUUGGCAACAAAGAUGGUUUGUACUGAGAGGACAGGAGCUGUGCUAUUAUAAAGACGAAGAGGAAACUAAACCGCAGGGCUGUAUACCACUCCCAGGGAAUCGUGUAGUGGAGAUCACCCCUCAGCCAGAAGAGCCGAAUAGACACUUGUUUGAGAUAGUUCCAGACCAUAUUCCAGGCCUUAUUCUUGUGCCCACUGGACGCAGAAAGUUUGGGUCCAAAAACGCGACAACCGCGUUCUGGUUUGGACCCUUCAGGGGACGCACCCAAGAAGGCUACCGCCAAAUCCAGGCACUUAACUCCCUCUGCCUCCAGAACCCAUAUUACUGGUGA